UAUAUUUCCUACCAUUAUGAUGAAGGAUCUCCAAUAUGCAGGUGGCCGUUAUUCCUUACCUCAAAGGCACUCACAAGCGUUUUAGACAACCACUUCUCAGUUCCAAAUCCGUUGAUAGUAGAAAAGAGAUCAAGAAGGCUAGAACAAGAGAGCACCAUUUGUGGAAGAAAAGAGAUUCAGCUGGUUCUGGCCAUAAAGCACUUAACCUUAUUAGAAUUAUCUCUGAACUUCCCAGUGAGAAAGAGGCUGUUUAUCAAGCAUUGAAUAAAUGGAUUGUGUGGGAGACAGAAUUUCCAUUGAUUGCAGCAGCUAAGGCUUUACGAAUCUUAAAAAAGAGGAGUCAGUGGCUGCACGUCAUUCAAGUUGCGAAAUGGAUGUUGAGCAAAGGCCAAGGUGCAACGAUGGGCACAUAUGAUACCCUUCUUCUGGCAUUUGAUAUGGAUCAGAGGGUGGAUGAGGCUGAUUCAUUGUGGAAUAUGAUUUUGCAUACACACACUCGUUCAAUCUCAAAGCGGUUAUUUUCUAGGAUGAUCUCUUUGUACGAUCAUCAUAAUAUGCAAGAUAAAAUAGUAGAGGUGUUUGCAGACAUGGAGGAGUUGGGUGUGAGACCAGAUGAGGAUACAGUCAGGAGAGUGGCAAGUGCUUUCAGGGAUCUAGGUCAAGAGCGAAGGCGGAAGUUGGUUCUUAGAAGAUACCUAUCUAAAUGGAAGUACAUCCACUUCAAUGGUGAAAGGGUUAGAGUGAGAAGAGCAUUUUCAGAGAAAGAGGAUGAUAGUUUUGCUAGUUGAAAUAGACUUGUUAGCAGUAUGGAGGCUGACAGUAUACAUGUAUCGAUUUUUACUUUGGAACCGCAAAUCAGCAGAGUACCUUGUAACAACUAAUUUUAAUUUUAAUAUAAUUUAAAAUUAAUUUAUAAA